CCAGUUCCUUCGGCUAUGGAGAAACGAGUGCAUGCGCGUCAUCAGCGACAGGCUUAUCACGACCCAGGACAAGACCUUGAUUCAGGAGAUUCUCGAGGACUACAACGAGAACAACCAGCCCCCGAUGCGCCUAGUGCUGUUUGAUGACGCUCUGGAACAUCUGACGCGCGUGCAUCGCGUGCUGCGCAUGGACCGGGGCAACUCCCUGCUGGUGGGCGUGGGCGGGAGCGGCAAGCAGAGCCUGUGUCACCUGGCCUCCUACACAGCCGGCUGCACCGUCUUCCAGAUCAUGCUGAGUCGGGGGUACAACGAGAGUAGCUUCAGAGAUGACCUGAAGGUGCUGUACAACAAGCUGGGCAUGGAGAACAAGCAGAUGGUCUUCCUGUUCACAGACCAGCACGUGGCAGAGGAAGGAUUCCUGGAACUGAUCAACAACAUGCUGACUACUGGCAUGGUGCCCGCCCUGUACGCUGACGAUGAGAAGGAAGGGAUCAUUGGAUCGUGUGGAGUGCUGGACGAGUUGCGCCUUUAA